AUGAAGUGUUGGAACUACACAAAGCUCGUGCAAUUACCUGUGGAAUCUCUAUCACCUCCUAUCAACAUCUUAUUUCAUGGAUCAAUGUUGCAAGAGGCUUACACGUCUGGAAUGAAUGACAGGACUAAUCAUUACCGAAGGAUUCUUAACAUGUACAUGAAGUUUCAUGAAGCCGUUGUUGCGAAGCAUGAUGCUUAG